AUGUUUUCAUCUAUAGCUUCUUUCCAUCGGGUUCCUGUCCAUCUGCACCGCUGCCUAAGGCAUACGCGCGGAAGUCGCAGUGUGAAGCCAUGCUUGUCAGUUCCCGCGAGAAAGUGCCAACGCAAUCUUCAGACAGACAAUUUUCUACACGGUACUACUGCAGACUACCUAGAGGACAUUUACAGCAGGUGGCAGAAAGAUCCAUCUUCGGUUGAUAAUUCCUGGAAGACGUAUUUCGAUGCCAUAGAGAGUGGCAAAACCCCGCCGCCGCAUUUGUUCCAACCGUCAGAAGACUCCCUUACCCGGGGACACAGAUCCUCCUCGCUUCUUCCGGGCCUCAAUAAACCCCAAUUCACCAGACUCCCAUCGCUAAACGAUGACCAAGCAAAGGUGCAGCGUCUAGUGCGAGCAUUCCAAGAUCAUGGACACAAAGCCGCAAAAACGAAUCCGCUGGAAUCCAAGAGCCGAAGAGUGUCAAUACCGGAACUCGAACUCGAUUUCUAUGGCUUUACGGAGGCCGAUUUGGACCGAACGUUUGUGUUGGGGGCGGAAGUGCUCCCCGGGUAUCGAGCUUCUUCUGGGAAUCAAAUGAAGCUUCGUGACAUUGUUGAUGCUUGCAAAGCCCAGUACUGUGGGUCUAUUGGGGCGGAAUACUUGCAUGCUGCAACGCUCGAAGAGCGCGAUUGGAUUCGCGAGCGAAUCGAGCGGCCCUCUCAAUGGGUAUUCACUGCCGAAGAGAAGAAGAGAAUUCUGGAUCGAUUAGUGUGUUCAACCGGCUUUGAAAAAUUUCUUGCUUCAAAGUUCCCCAACGCCAAGCGUUUUGGACUGGAAGGUGUCGAGAGUCAACUCCCAGCAGUGGAAGCAGUCAUUGAUUCUAGUGCCGAGAAUGGGGUACGCAAUAUCAUCUUUCCUUGCUGCCAUCGAGGAAAGCUGAACAUUUUGAGCAAUGUGACGCAAAAGCCGAAUGAAUUGAUCUUCAAUGAGUUUUUGGGCGAAAUAAAAUCUCGGCCUGACAUUCCGGGGGAUGUCAAGUAUCAUCUCGGAAUGAACCACGAGCGCGAAACUCAUUCUGGGAAGAAGGUGAACAUCUCAAUUUUGCCCAAUCCAUCUCAUUUGGAAGCUCAGGACCCUGUUGCCCAAGGUAUGGCACGAGCCAUCCAGCAACAAAAUGGAGAAGACAGGACAUCUACCAUGGUAUUCAACAGCCACACUGAUGCAUCCUUUGCUGGACAAGGUGUGAUUUACGAGACCCUGGGACUUUCUGGUCUGAGUUCGUACGAAACCGGCGGAACGGUUCACCUAAUUGUGAACAACCAAGUCGGCUUUACGACAGAUCCUGAAUCUGCUAGGACAUCUUCUUAUGCAUCCGACGUCGCGAAAGUGAUUGAUGCGCCUGUUUUUCAUGUUAAUGCAGACGACGUCGAGGCAGUUGUCUUUGUGUCAAAGCUAGCAGCAGAUUACCGCGCGGUAUUUGCAAAAGACGUUUUGAUCGACUUGAUCUGCUAUCGGAAGAACGGACACAAUGAGAUGGAUCAGCCCUCAUUCACCCAGCCGUUGAUGUAUGAGGAGGUUGCAAACAAAGUUCCCCAGUUACAGCUUUAUGCGAAUAAGCUGAUGCGCGAAGGAGUCACCUCGCGGGAAGAAGUCUCAGCGAUGGAGGCUGCUGUGUGGAACAAAUUGACUGAGUGUCUUGAAAAUACCAAAGAAAUCACACCCGUCGAUCGCGAGUAUCUGACUGAGCCCUGGAAGAGUCUGAAAAAGCCAGAAGAUGUUGUCCGAGAUGUCUUCCCGCCAAGGCCGACGUCGAUCACCCAGGAGGUGAUGAACACAGUGGCGAGCAAAGUAGGUGUACCGGAAAAGCCAUUCACUGUGCACAAGAGUUUGAACCGAAUUCUUCAAAAGCGACAAGAGAGCUUCCAUGAUGAGCAAGGCAUUGACUGGGCUACAGCUGAAGCUCUAGCAAUGGGAAGCCUCUGCCUGGAAGGCUACCAUGUAAGAGUCUCAGGCCAAGAUGUUGAGCGAGGUACCUUCUCGCAACGCCAUGCAGUCCUUCACGACCAAAAUGAUGCCUCAAAGCUUAUCCCCCUUGACUCACUGAGCCCCGAUCAAGCUCGAUUCACAGUCGGCAAUUCCUCUCUGAGUGAGUUUGGCGUCAUGGGAUUCGAUUAUGGGUAUUCUUGUAUGCACCCAAAUGCAUUGGUCAUGUGGGAAGCUCAGUUUGGAGACUUUGCAAACAAUGCUCAGUGUAUCAUUGAUCAAUUCAUUUCAUCUGGGGAAGACAAGUGGUUGCUGCGAUCUGGCCUUGUGCUUUCUUUGCCUCACGGUUUUGAUGGUCAAGGAUCCGAGCACUCUUCCGCUCGUAUGGAAAGAUUCCUACAACUCUGUAAUGAAGAUGCUCGCUUCUAUCCAUCGCGAGAGAAGUUGGAGAGACAACACCAGGAUGCUAAUAUACAGAUUGUUUACAUGACAACCCCUGCAAACCUUUUCCAUGUUCUGAGGCGACAGCUGCACAGAGAAUUUAGAAAACGCAAGUUAAUGCUGGUCCUUUCUUCCCUCCUUCGUCAUCCCAUGGUCAAGUCCAGCAUGGGAGAUUUUAUUGGAGACUCAAGCUUCCAGCCUCUGAUCUCCGACCCGGGCCACGGAGUCUCAAUUGCCGAGCCAUCUGAAAUUAAGCGCGUGAUCUACUGUACGGGGCAGGUAUACAUGGCACUGGCAAACUAUCGCGAAACGCACAAAAUAACCGACACGGCAAUUACUCGCAUUGAGCAACUUCAUCCGUUCCCUUGGCAUCAGGUCAAAGAGAAUCUCAGUUGUUACACCGGUGCGUCCGAUAUUGUCUGGUGUCAAGAAGAGUCUCUGAAUGAUGGGCCAUGGGCAUUUGCCCGGACCCGACUGGAGACCAUCUUUGACAUCACAGAGCAACACAAGGGUCGUCGUGUGCGUUUUGCAGGACGCGGAGCUACGUCCAGUGUCGCAACUGGCUUUGUGAAGGAGCAUCAUGCCCAGGAGCGCACUUUGAUUAGAGAAGCAUUUGAUUGCGACGAAGCGAGGGAUGAUAUUUCGGCUUAG